AUGGUCGCAACCACCGUAUCACCAUCACAACGGAAACAGAUCCUCAAAGUCCUCUUUAUAUCUCUCCUCCUAGACCUAAUCUCCUUCACCUUCAUCCUCCCCCUCUUCCCCUCCCUCCUAACCUUCUACCUCAACCGCAACCCCUCCCCAACCUCCCUCCUCCAUCGUAUCCUCCACUACCUAAAUGCCUACAAAAAUGCCUUCGCCCUCCCCAUCGACUCGCGCUAUGACAUCGUCCUCCUUGGCGGUGCACUGGGCUCCCUCUUCUCCUUCCUUCAAGCCAUCGCAGCCCCCUUCAUCGGCCGUCUCUCCGACAAGCGCGGCCGCCGCACAGCCCUCCUCUGCUCAAUGGCCGGAAACAUUGCCAGUGUGGCAUUGUGGGUUGCGGCGACGGAUUUCAGGACGUUCCUGGGCAGUCGGAUUGUUGGGGGUUUGAGUGAGGGGAAUGUGCAGAUUGCUAAUUCGAUUGCGACGGAUAUUAGUGAUGAGAGGCAGAGGGGGGCGACGAUGGCUUUGGUUGGGGCGUGUUUCAGUGUUGCGUUUACGUUUGGGCCGGCGAUGGGGGCUGCGUUGUCAGGAAUCGUUACAGUGACGGACAAUCCGUUUGCCACGGCGGCGGGGUGUUCGUUGCUGCUGAUCGUGACGGAGACGGUAUACCUGUAUUUCUGCCUGCCGGAAACACAUCCACGCUUCGCGAAGUUCACGACCCAAGGUGCGUAUGCUACAACUACGGCUACUAAAGGUGACCAAUUGCCCGAAAAAAUUGGGUUGGAGGCAGAGAAAAAACCACACACCGCCGCCACCACUACAUCUACGUCUACACCAAAAAAAUACACGAACCCCCCCUUCCUCCUCAACAUAACCCAUUUUCUCUUCCUCCUCCCCUUCUCCGGUCUCGAAUUCUCCCUCCCCUUCCUAACAGCUACCCUCUACGCCUCCACGAACACCACCCUCUCCCCCUCUGCCCUAAACGGCCGCCUGCUAUCCGUAAUGGGCCUCCUCGCCUCCCUCCUCCAGGGCUCCCUAGUCCGCCGUCUCCCCCCUCUUAUCACCGUGCGCAUCGGUGUUGUCGCAUGCACCGUAUCUUUCUUCCUCCUCUCUCGCGUUUCCACUCUAUCCGGCCUCUACGCUGCCGGCUGCCUUCUUGCAGUCACCAGCGCAACGGUUGUCACUGGUCUGAAUAGCCUGGGCAGUUUGGAGGCGGGGGAGGAGGAGAGGGGGGUGUUUUUGGGUCGAUUGAGGAGUUGGGGUCAGGUGGGGAGGGCAGCGGGCCCGGUUGUAUUUUGCACGCUGUUUUGGUGGGCCGGGAGGGAGCUGGCGUAUUUGGUUGGUGGUGUGGGGAUGUUGGGGGUUUGUGCGCUUGUAUUUGGGGGGUUGAGGGCGCCUGUUGCCUCGAAGAAGAGGAUAUGA